GAAAGCAGAUCAUAACAUGAAAUAGCUUUACUUUAAACUUUGCAAAGGCUGUGUUUAAUGUUCUACUGGACUAAUGAACUUAUUAACUCGAAAACAAGUAUAGCUAUAAUUAGUUAAAAGCUAUUAACUGAAAUCGUCUAAUCCAGUAGUAACUAUACAUGCAUUGAAGACAUAGAAGCAAAUAUGGGAGUUUUACAUGUUAUAUUCAAGAAAAGUGUAUCACGCAGUAUGCGUCUUCAGGCGCUUGCGAACGUUUUCUGUGCCGUGUACAUGUUGACGGUGACGUUCAUAGUGACGUACGUGAGUUUCUUCCACAUCGUGCCGGGUUGCUACAGUACAACCGCCGUGUUUUGGCAUCGAUUGGCCAUCUGGUACAUAUUUAUAGGGGCCAUUGGAAACUACAUCACCUGUAUCGCGACUAAAACCGGCAUUAAAAAGAUCCCGACAAUAACGGAUUCUACGUCAUUACAAAAUGGAGGACAGAAAACUGCCAGUGAAGUGAAAGAAAGCAAGACAUCGAAAGCUCACAGGAACGGUCGCGAAUCAGCAGUUCCGGUAAGCAGGCGGGGCCGUGAGCGGUUCUGCCUCCCGUGCGAUAUGCAGGUUCCGGUCCGCUCCCACCACUGCUACCUGUGCGAAGAGUGUAUCGUUAAGCGCGACCAUCACUGUUUCUUUAUGGGAGUCUGCAUUGGCCGGGAAAACCACAUCUACUUCAUAUAUUUCACAUUAUUCAUGGGUAUUGGAACAUUCUAUGGUUUAUUGUUAUUGGCGAAAUAUUUGAAUUACUUGUACCAUAUACAAUUCCAAGGACCACAGACCUUUUUGGUGCUAUUUUUCAACACUUUAAUAGGACUGUUCCGAGGGCAACUCCCCACUUACCGUUUUAUGGGAUUGUUCGUCCUUCUGUACGUCAGUCUGGCCGCCAUGAUGGUCGCUUUUGGAUUUUUUGCUUGGCAGAUGAUGAUUGUAUUAAAAGGGCAGACGACAUUUGAGGCUAAAUUUGGAAUCACGCGCUACUCAAAAGGAGGCUACUUCGCCAACUUCCGGCAGGUGUUUAAUACCCGCUCCCUCGUCUCCCUAUUACUUCCGUUGUGGGACCUCGCCACGGAGACGAACUAUUGUAGAAUAGGUAGCAAAUUUGACUGAAUAAAAAAAAAUGAGUAUUAAUUAAAGUAUUGGCCAUGAUUAUUAGUAUUUUACAAAUAAAUCAGUUGAUGGCUUUUUAAAAAAAAAAGUAUUUGUGCAUUAAUUUGUUGAUGACUUUACAUUUAUAACAAGACCGGUACCCUGGGUUAAUUUUUGCUAAAAGUAACUUUUUAGAGAACAAAGAAUGAGGGCACCAGUCUAUGUAUAUAUUAUGUGAAGUAGAUGGUAUAUGUAAUUAUUUCAUUAGUAUCCAAGAAUCAAACCAUUGUGCUUGUUCGAAAUUCAUUGUGAAUCAUGUUAAUUAAAUAAGCCAGACGCAAUUUUAUGUUGAAAAACACAAAAUGUAUUGAUUUGCAUUGUAACUGCUUAAAAUAAAACAAAGAAACUGAAAAUGUCAUAAUUUAUGAUUUGAUAAAAGAAAUAACCUUUGUAAAAUUAAGACUUUUUCAACUAGUUGUUGCACAAGUUCAAUUAACAAAAUAUAUAGCGACUGUAAAGCAAUUAUUUGACAAUCGAUGUGAAAGGGGCACAAUCUAGGUGGAUACAAAAAAGGUUAUUAUUUAUAAAUUAAAUGCACAUUCAGAACAUCUCGGCCAGUAUCGAACAGAAUUGACGAAGCUAUCCCGAAGCUUGCCGGAGAUAAUUGAGUUGUUACGGUUAAUUUCGAAUGU